CAAACUCUUCCAUUUGUUGACCAUUUGUAAACAUGGCUCCGCCUGUUGCAAAGAAGUCUAAGGGACCGGCCAUCAAAAAACAAGCCCUUCGGGGUAAAGGCCAGAAGAAAAAGGUGUCCCUUAAAUUUACUAUUGACUGUACACAUCCUGCAGAAGAUAACAUUAUGGAUGUAUCCAAUUUUGAAAAGUACCUGCAUGAAAGAAUCAAAGUUACUGGCAAAACAAACAAUUUUGGUAACAGUGUUACUUUAGAGAGGGAUAAAAUGAAACUAUCUGUUAAUAGUGAUAUUGACUUUUCUAAGCGGUAUCUCAAAUAUUUAACAAAAAAGUAUCUGAAAAAAAAUAAAUUGCGAGAUUGGUUACGUGUUGUAUCAAAAGACAGAGAAACAUAUGAACUAAGGUACUUCCAAAUUGUUAACAGUCAAGAAGAUGAUGACGAAGAAGAUGCAGAAUAAAAUUUGUUUUAAUUCUAUA